CGACGACUGAGCUCUUGCAACAUCAAAUACAGAAGUUCACUGUCCUCCGACCAUACGCUGCACAAAGGACCUCACUUACCCUUCAGAUCGCAGGGUCAUAUGGCCCGAUGACAUGUAUAUCAUCUCUUCAAACCCUCGAAGUAGAUGAGACCCUAGGAUCCCGACGAAGGUGAACCACUGUGACGGUGGGGUAACCAUUUCAACAUGGAAGCGCUUCAAUUAGAGCUUGCCCGGCUGCAGAAAGACGCCUCACUAUCACAGAGUAUUGAGGAUGUUGACAAAGUCUUGGAGCAGCUGUGCAAUGCACGGGAGGCAAUUGCAGCAGACUCGAACACUGCAUCAAUAACCCUUGCCAAGUUGCAGAAUCCAUUUAAACAGGGACUGGAUAGAGUCACAGAUGACCUUAAGAAGAUAUACUCUGCGCAUAAUAAAUAUGGAAAGGCGUUGGAUAAGAACCUAUCGCAGAAGUCUCUUCCAUCAGAAACCCUCUCGACCGAUUAUGAUGCUCUUGCUUCACAUCCGACCCUUAUCAACCGGGCUAUUGCCAUGCAUCUUCUUCGCGAGGGCCAGUUCGGUGUUGCUUCUACAUUCAUCGAAGAGGCGCACGCGAGCCCACCAGAAGCAAAGCCUACCCCAGGAACGCCGAAUCCAUAUCCCGGUGAUGAAGAGGAGUUUACAUCCCUAAAGUCUCAAGAGCUACAAGCGAAGUUCGCGAACAUGUACGCCAUAUUGGGACACCUCCGAGAGAGGAACUUGUUGCCAGCCAUUGAAUGGGCUAGGGAACAUAGUUCUGAACUGGAGAAGCGAGGUAGCAACCUUGAAUUUGAGCUUACCAAGCUACAAUACGUCUGGCUCUUCCAAGGACCUCAGGUGAACGGCCUACCGAACGAUUCACGGAAUGGUCUCCUCGGGGCUAUUACAUAUGCACGGGAAAACUUUGGGCGGUUCCAGGCUCGCUUCCUCCGCGACAUCCAGCAGUUGUCUGCAGCCAUGGCAUUUGAGUCGAACUUGCAAGACUCGCCGUAUCGUCUCACUUUUGAGACCGACAGUGCCUGGAGCGAAGUUGCACAAUCGUUUACGCGUGAAUUCUGCUCCCUACUUGGGUUAUCUGCAGAUUCACCCCUCUACAUUUCUGUCACGGCUGGGGCCAUUGCGCUCCCCACGUUACUCAAACUGGCGAAUAUCAUGAAGGAGAAGCGGACGGAGUGGACGACGCAGCACGAGCUGCCCGUUGAAAUACCACUGCCAAGGUCGAUGACUUACCACGCGAUCUUUGUCUGCCCAGUCAGCAAAGAACAGAGCACUGAGCAGAACCCUCCAAUGAUGAUGCCGUGCGGCCAUGUCGUCGCCAAAGAGAGUCUGCAGAGGCUGAGCAAGGGCCAGCGGUUCAAGUGCCCCUACUGCCCCAGCGAGAGCUUUCCAAGGGACGCAAAGGAGAUAUAUCUAUGAGGGAGACCCGAGGUAUGGUAUGGUGGCUAUUCACAUAUAUAUGUGUAGUAUGAGGCAUUGGGACAACUUACUCUACUCAGGGUAAAUCCAGGGCUAGGCGUUUGGUGACAGGAGAUAUAAGUGGACCAAAGCGCCCACAUACUCCGUUCACACACAGCCCCGCAACAGAGAUCCAAAGUGAUGGAAGGCUGUCUAAGGUGCCGGUUAGCAGUGCUUUUGCAAUAGUUGAGUCAAACUCAGAUAUGCGGCCGGUGGGUUACUAUAGCAAUGCUACUCGGACCGCAUGGACCAAAUAGGGCCUUGGCGAGAUCCGCUAAGAGGAGUCCGACAUGUCUCAGCGCCCGAGGGUUGCAUUUUACCAAAGUACAUACUGCAGGCAGAUAUAAAUAUUAUUGUUAUUGUUUUACUUUUUUUUUUGUUCGGGCAGCGCAGUCGCAGAGUUACAGCGCCGUGAAAUAUCAUCUCCGGCACUGUAAUCAACCCGCCGUGCAUCCGCCGAACGCGCCGACGGUCUGCCUCACAAAUGCCUAACCUGGGCGAAAAGGGGCAAUCGCUCGGGCGAGUGAGAGAGUACAGUAAGGCUCCUCCGCGCGGUCUUUCAUUAGAUUGCAGAUCCUGGGUGGGGCGGGCGCAUUUUUGUGUCUUUUUCUCAACGCAACGACCGUGACCCAUACACUUUGUACUCUUUUUACUGCCUGUUAGGGGAAGAUAAAGUACUUUUACAGAGAACGAGCGAAGGGCAAGAGAAAAAGUUCUCCGCUAGGUGUCUGGGCGAUGGAUUACGAGGGCAGGGAGGGGGGCACAUCAUUUGACUGGCGGGAGGGCAUCUCUCUUGCAAGAUUCCCUCUUUUUUUUUUUCACGUGUGUGCCACCGCGCCAACAGGCUUGGAGUGCGUGCUGUGCACCGUGAGUGUGCGCCGUGUAACUGUGGCAGUAGCAGGGGUGUGAAGGCGAUCGGCGCGUUGAUGUGCAGAGUACCAGUGGAUGAGAGCAUAUGAGGGAGGCGGGUUUAUGUAAUUAUUAAUGAACGGCAUAGCGCGACGACGGGAAAGAUGAGGUGCUGGUGGUCAUGUGUGAUGAUGUGAGGUAAGUGGCGAUUGUGUAGUCGUCGUGGGUGGUGGAUGGGGGUGGUGGGAUGGCGAUGGAUAGUGGUUGCUUUGUUGCUUGGGAGGAGGAGUUUGUUGUGAGUCUAUCAGCGGCGGCAUCUCUCGUCGCCACAGAGUAUAGUAUGUGGAGUACCAUGGGAUGUUAUGUACUGUGUGUGUGGUGUAUACCUGAUAAAAGGUGCAUGGCUCCAGUCUGAAGUUAGAGUAGUUAGAGUAGAGUGUACAUG